AUGGCGCAAACUCAGCCUCCGCAUCCCUCACAGUACCCAUCACAGUCAUUCUCGCCGCCCGUCUCGACUCCCUCGCCCAGCGCCACCUCGCCCGCCAACGUCGGGAGCAUUCCUCCAAGUAAACGCCAAAGAUUCUCUCCACUUCCGCAGUCACAACCUCCCUAUGAAUCCCCUAGCUUUGGCACUUUACAACUACCUCAGAAUCCCUCCCCGGUCAUGAAUGGGACAAAUAUGAAUGGAGUCUCAACACCGGGACCGGUGCAGACUCCCGUGCUUGCACCAGUACCUGGUGCAUCCCCUACACCUAUUGUGCCAGCUCCCCUUGGCACUAUGGGGCCUCCAUCUCGACCAGCUGAGAAGCCAACGGACGCUGCCGAUCUCACGGAUGUUUUGGCGCAAUCUGGCAUUGAUGUGAAGGAAGAGGAGGCAUACCUCACGCAGAGCUAUUCCGCACCCCAGGCAGCUCCACGGUCACAGCCUCCUGGGUUGAAUACCUCUUUUGUGUCGAAUCCAUCUACGCCAGGGACUACCUCAGCCGGGGCCAGUUUCGACAUGUCACAGAGCAGAAUUACACCCACGCAAGAGCAACAAGUCUACCCCCCUUAUUCCGAGGACGCACCUUACAAUCAACCGACGUACGAGGAAACCCGGGCAGCUAGGAGGGCUCAGUAUCAUCUGCAGGAGCCUUUUCUAUUUACAAAGGUCCUUGAACAAAAAAUCCAAAAGCGCGGGUUCGAACUAGGUGUUCGUGUUCCGACAGAGGGGCUCUUCCAUCCUAUGCCUGGGUCCCGACAACCAAUUGAGGUCACGGGUCCUGAUGGUUCAUCAACCGUGCGCAGGGGUCAUACCAUUGUUAACCAGGAAGGGGCUCCUUUUGUCGAUAUCAUAUCGCUCAUGUCACUAUGUUGUGAAGAACGACUCAGAGGGGUGAUUGAAUACUCUGCGAGUUUAGCAAAAAGCCGGCGUGCCCACUCUCAUGGAAUCGUGCCAGUAGAAUGGAAGGAUCUGGCCGCGACAGACUCAAACCCGGUGGUCACAGAGGCUACACUAAAGCGUCCACGGGCCGGAACUGAGACUUCGAACUCCAAUCCAAUAGCAGAGAAAUAUUUUGCUUUGUCUACCAAAGACAUUUCGGAUGAAGAAGCCCGUGCAGCCAAGCGGGCGAAACGAAACGCCGAUGCUAUUAUCAACGAAACCGCAACUAGCAGAGCGCCUUCGUUGGACGUUGGUUCUGGCGCUGUGACCCCUACUCCCCAAACUCCCAUUGGAGGCGAUAAAAAGGCAUUGACUAAAAAAGAAGCCAAAAAGCAACUGGACGCCCGAGUGAGCGAGGCCCAGCAACAUCAACAAUCUGUUGAAACGGCUCGAAAAGCGUUAUCCAGCACACUGUUUGGCAGCUCCAAAAAGCGGCAGUACUCUUGGCUGAACAAAGGCUCUGCUGCCAGCGCGGCCUCAUCGCCCCGACCUCAUUCUCCCGCAAUUGGUCCGGCAGGUUCUGAUCGGAAUGAGAAGACACGCAACGAUAGCGUUGCCGCACCAAUAUCGACUCAGCUGGGCAGCUGGCGAGAAGACAAGGCUGCGGGGAUCCAAGUGCGUGAUAUCCUGUUCGUACUAGAGCAAGAUGGGAGAGGCGCCAGGCACGUCCAAAAGGCUUACAGCAAGGAUCUAAAGGAAGAGCGAUUAGACUAG